AUCAAUGGAAUUAAUACCCUGGGAGAAAACAUUGCUGAUAAUGGAGGUAUUGGCCAGGCAUACAGAAUCAAUGGAAUUAAUACGCUGGGAGAAAACAUUGCUGAUAAUGGAGGAAUUGGCCAAGCAUACAGAGCCUAUCAAAAUUAUGUUAAAAAGAAUGGCAAAGAAAAAUUACUUCCUGGACUUGGCCUAAAUCACAAACAACUCUUCUUUUUGAACUUUGCUCAGGUGUGGUGUGGGACCUACAGGCCAGAGUAUGCAGUCAACUCCAUUAAAACAGAUGUCCACAGUCCAGGCAAUUUCAGGAUCAUUGGGACUUUGCAGAACUCCCCUGAGUUUGCAGAAGCCUUUCAUUGCCCCAAGAAUUCAUACAUGAAUCCAGAAAAGAAAUGCCGGGUGUGGUGAUCUUCAAAAGAAGCAGUGCAGCCCUUGGCUAGACUCGUCAACACCACAGAAAUGGACAGCUCUAUCCAAGAGACUGGGCCAUAGAGCUCACUGUUAUUAUGCACAGGGAUUCCUGACAGAGAUGAGAGCAUCAUGAUAAAAAUGAAGUUAGGUUAUUCUAGAAAAGGGUGGAGGGACGAGGGCGUCUAUUGUCUAUCAAAUCAAUCACUUCUCACUGUGUAAAUAAUGCUUAAUCUCUAAAGAUAGUAUUACCGUUCACUUCUGUUUCUCGUAUGAUCUGCCAGUGUGAUGUUGUCUCUUGAAGAGUGUUAACCAUUAUUAGAGAAGGAUUUCUAAUCCAAGGAAGAAAGAAAAAGUUGAAGAAUACAAUUGGCACCUAACACACAUCAGUGACCCGGGAGUGAAAAACACAUUGUCGAAGUACUUAUUUGUAUUUAUAUUUGCAACAUUUAUGCUCCUUCAAAUCUCUUCCAAAGAAUUCUUAUACAUAUUGGGGCCUUGGGACUUAUGUAGUUUUAAACUAACUUUUCCAGUCAUCAGUUAUGCAUUCUGAGAUCAUUUUAUUUUAAGUACUUAGGGCUAAAAUGAAAUGUCUAAAACUGUGUUUUGUUGUACCUGUUUUGACUGAUAACGAUAUUCUUGAGGUUUCUUGCAAUUUUCUAAGCAAUUUCUUGUUCUCUCUCUCUCUCUCUCUCUCUCUCUCUCUCUCUCUCUUUCUCUUUCUCUCUCUUGUCAAAACUUGGUCUUUUUAAGAAAUUUGUAGCAAUGUAUAAAUAAUUUUUAUAUUUAAUUGUUGACUACAUUUAUGACUAAGUAAUUGUUAUUAUAGGUAAUCAUUGACUAUUGAAGUUUCAGACUGAGAUAAAUAGUUAUGAACCAAGAUCUGUAAAGCGAUGUACAGAUGAACAUUUGAGACUUUUUAAACUUAUCAAUCAUAUUGAUGAAAAGCUUUAAGUACACACUUUGGCUUAAACAUUGCCAUUGGACGGUUGUCUAAAGAUACAUAAGACUUGUGGUUUACAAGCAGGAUUUUCCAAAUUCAACCUGUCCCUUAGGUGGCUGAAAUGAAAGGGCACACCUGCAUCUAUGUAGCUCCACAUCUCCUUAUCCUUUCAGAUUUGUUACCUGAUGGAAAUAUUUUGAUAAUAAAUUGAGAUUGUGAAUCCACUGCUCACUAUGGUUGUUGCAGCUGCCAUUUAGCUCUGGAAAGUGCAUUUUUUGACUAGAGGGGCUUCUAUACCUCCGUCUCCAACAGACCUGCUUCUAAAUUUCUAACUUGCUUAAGAGUUCUGGGAGGGGAUUGUUUAGUCUCUGGUAGGAGCUCAAUCUUUUUUGAGGCUUUAACUUUCUUUUCCUAGCCUGUUCACGACUUUAGUUCAUUUCAUUACUUGAUUAAUAUUUUAUAAAACAAGUACACUUCCAAAAAUCUUUAUUUUUCCUAACAAAACAUGAAACUGAAAAUUUCGUAUUUUUCCUGCUUAUUGGUUUUUCCUGCUUCUUGAAAAGUGUUAUUGAAAUAUAACUUAAAUACAAACAUUUCAUAAAGCGUUAAUGUGCAGCUCAGUGAAUUUUCUCCAACUGAACACAGCCCUGUAAGUUAUCAAACAUUACCAACCGCCAAGAAACCCCUGCUCCCAACCGUCACUUCACUCCUCCACUGCUGCCCUGACUUCUAAUGUCACACAUUAGAUUUGCUGUUUUGUCUCUUAUGUAAAUAGAAUCAACCAGCAUGUA